AGAGGCUUUUUAUCUAAUUGAAAUUUUUUCUUUUUUUUGUUAAAGUGACGGACGAUUGAAGUAAUUUGUUUGGUGGUAAUAGUAGUAGUAGUAGCAGGAGUAGUCGCAGUGUCAUUACAUUUACCUUGUUCUGUUCUUUCAUUUCUUCUAUCGUUCUAUGUGACUAUUUUUUCAAAAGUAGGAGAGUGGAAGAGAGUGAUAUAGUUUUGUUGACAUAUUUAAAACAAGAAAAAAGAAGAAAAUUUUUCUAUUUUACUUCAUUUUCUUUAAGUAUUUACAUCAUCAUCAUCAUCAUCUUUAUUAUUAUCAUCAUCGAUGUCAUUACAUAAAGAUACAACAUUUACAAAAAUUUUCGUUGGUGGGUUACCAUAUCAUACAACAGAUGAUACAUUACGAAAAUUUUUUGAACGUUUUGGUGAAAUUGAAGAAGCAGUGGUUAUUACUGAUCGACAAACAGGCAAAUCACGUGGUUAUGGAUUUGUGACUAUGAAUACACAAGAAGCCGCAAGUUUAGCGACAAAAGAAGCCAAUCCUGUUAUUGAUGGUCGAAAAGCAAAUGUUAAUUUAGCUUAUUUAGGUGCUAAACCACGUGUAAUACCAUCUCCAGCUGGUCUUAUCCCUCUUCAUCUAGCCGGCGCUUAUUCAGCAGCAUUACCAACAACUUAUGGUAUACAACCAAUUUAUUAUCAACAACCACCAACUACAACUUUAUUAGCGACCGCUGGAACACCUCAAACACUUAGUACAUUAAUACCAAAUCAAACAACAGCAACAUUAAAUGGUGCUCAUUCAUCACAAAAUCAAUCCACAGGUGGACCAUCUUAUUACGAAUUAACGUAUGCUACAGCUCCAUUAACAUCGGCAUCGAUUGAACAACAAUCUUAUAUUUAUGCAACAGCUUCUGGACAAACGUUUUCUUAUGCACAAUUACCGACUGGUGCUACUCAACAGCAAACAGGUCCGACAAAUCUCAAUGAUGUUUAUGCAAAUCAUGCAGCUAAAUAUAUGAUUGACGAUCAUAAUGGAGCUGUUGAUCGUGACCAUCAUCAACGUACAGCAGCUGGAUGGUGA